GGUUUGGAUGAGUCAGCAAUGUCUGACCAAAUGAAAAAACUGAAGAACAAUAUGUUGUCGUUGCAUGCGCACGUGGACAGCAGAUUGGACUUUAUGCAAAACAUUCUAGACCAGAUCCUGGACAUUUUGCAAAGGCCAGGAUUUAGGCCACUAUCAUAGUCACCGUUGCUGUUAACGGCGAUGUCAGACCCCUUUCUAAUUCAAGCUGGCACACAACCAAGUGGCACGUCUGCAGCAGCUGCACAGACUGUUGCUUCUUCUUCUUCGGGUCCGGCGGUGGGUGCUACACCACCGCAACAACCUGUUCCUCAACAGGGACAGCCACAAGGUCAAUGGUACCCUAAGACCCCAAUGAAACCGCCUCUUGCCUUCUCAGGCGAGAGGAAGGACGAAGAACUCAACACUUGGUUGAGAACAGUUCCGGUUUGGGUGAAGGCGAAGAGGACCUUGCCAGAGGACGAAGUGGUUACUGUUGCAUCUUACCUCGAAGGUAAGGCAGCCAAAUGGCUAGAUGGUAUAGUUGCAAAGGCCGGGUAUGGACGACGUACGGCGGACUGGGCUCAGUCUAUUACGUUAGACCAGUUCUUUGAGAUCGUAGAAGCUCGCUGGCACAAUCCUCAGCAGGCACAAAUAACCACUGAUGUGAUAAACAGACCAGGUCAAAGAAAGUCUAAGUCAGUCAGAGAGCUUACGACUACUAUAGAUAUCCUCAUCGUCGUUCCAAGCAUCAACUACAGUGACCAGUUCCUAUUGACUACGUUUGUUAGAUGUCUUCCAGAGAACCUCAGGAACUUGCUGGCCAGCGAGGCUCGCCUCGAGUACCAUUCGUUUGAGACAUUGUCUAGAAAAGCCUUAGACUUAGAGGCUACACUAGGAAAUGCUCAACCCUCUCAGAAUGAUGCGAGGAUGAAGAAGAGUCCGCAGGAAUGGAAGAAAAAGGAAGCCAAGUUGAUGAUGGUUGAGUCCGAUGGGACUCAAACAGAGAUCGAUGAGCUCACAGACCUGCUGGACGUUUCAGAGUACGACGGCGAGGAGACCGCUGAGGGUAGCACCCUCGCCGCAGUAGUCAAGGCUAAGGCUGGUGGCCGAGUGAAGGGCCAACCAAAGGGUCAAGGGAAGGCCGCCUCCAAUCAGACCAAAGAGGCUGAUUGGGUCAAGGCAGGUCUUGAUCAAGACGUGUGGCGGGACCGCCGAGUUCGUGGCGCUUGUAUAAAUUGUGGAGGAGGAGGUGGAGGAGUUGGUGGUGGAGAUGGAGGAGGUGAAAGCCGAGGAGGAGGAGGAGGAGGAGGAGGAGGUGGAGGCUCACCUUCAGCGAUAGGUAGAGAAGGAGCAGCUCCCGGCGAUGGCUCCAACGGCGGCGGUUAUGCCUGCAACAGCGGAACGGGUGGAGGAACAGGAGGAGGAGGAGGAGGAGGAGAAGGAGGAGGAGGAGGAGGAGGUGGAAGACGAGUAGGAAGAGGAGGAGGAGAAGGUGGAGGAGGUGAAAGCCGAGGAGGAGGAGGAGGAGGUGGAAGGUCAUCUUCAACGACGAGUAGAGGAGGAGCAGCACCCGGCGAUGGCUCCAGUGGUGGCAGCUAUGCCUGCGGCAGCGGAACAGCGGGAGGAAGAGGAGGAGGAGGAGCAAAGGGAGGAGGAGGAGGAGGAGGAGGAGGAGGAGGAGGAGGAGGAGACUCACCUUCAACGACGAGUAGUGGAGGAGGAGCACCCGACGAUGGCUCCAACGGCGGUGGCUAUGCCUGCAGCAGCUGAACAGCGGGGCAGCGGGCAGCAAGCAGCAAGGCAGCGGGCAGCGGGGCAGGGGGCAGCGCCCAGCAGGGCAGC